AUGAAAAAUUAUGGAAAGUUUUAGAAUAAACAGACCUUCUCAGCCAAGUAAAAAAUUUAUAAAAGGUCUUAGGACAGACAAGAGUGAUGUAAAUUCUGUUUUUUCUGUGGGUUAAAAAUAAUUAAUUUGCUAGGCCAAAAUGAUAUUAGAUGAAAAGAAAAUCAUAGUAUUAGAUGAAGCUACCGCAAAUGUUGAUAUGAAAACAGCUGAUUUUAUUUAAGAAACUUUAAAAUAUAAGUUUUCAGAUUGCACAAUAAUAACUAUUUCUCAUAGAUUAAAUACUAUUUCAGAUUACGAUAAAAUUAUGGUCAUAAGUGAAGGAUAAAUAGUAGAAUUUGAUACUCCUUUUAAUUUAUUAGCCAAUUCUAUAAAUUCUAUUUCUGUUGAUACACUAGAUAUUUAAACAGAAUUUUUUAAGAUUUUUGAUAUCAAAAUUCAGAAGGAAAACUGUUAAGCAAUUUUUGAUACUCAUUCUUUCCUCUUUCCUAAUUUUUUGGAAUUCUUCUUCCCCUUAAAAGUCUUUUUAUCCUUGGGAAGAUCUUUAAAUUUUUAUUCUUCUUUGAUAUGA